GAUUACAAUGCUAUGUGCACGCGCUGGACUGAGGGGACUUGUGCAUUUAUAAUCAAUUAAAAAAUAAGAAGAAAUGGACAAACUGCGGGGACUGUCGUCAUGCAGGAAUGUGCUCUGUCUGUUUGACGUGGACGGCACUCUGACUCCACCCAGAGAGAAAAUCGACCCAGAACUGGAUGAGUUUUUCCAAACUCUGCGGAGGAAGGUGAAGAUCGGCAUUGUGGGCGGGUCAGACUACUCCAAGAUAGCAGAGCAGCUUGGGGAGGGGGACGAUGUGAUACGCAAGUUUGACUAUGUGUUUGCUGAGAAUGGGACGGUGCAGUAUAAAGACGGAAAACUCCUCUCCAAACAUGCCAUUCAGAACCAGAUUGGUGAGGAGCUUCUGCAGGACCUGAUAAACUUCUGCCUUAGCUACAUGGGGCUCAUCAAGCUGCCAAAGAAAAGGGGGACUUUCAUUGAGUUCAGGAACGGAAUGCUCAACAUUUCCCCCAUCGGGCGGAGCUGCACACUGGAGGAACGAAUUGAAUUUUCAGAAAUCGACAAGAGAGAGAGAAUCAGGGAGAAAUUUGUUGCUGCUCUGAAAGAGAAGUUUGCCGGGAAGGGUCUACGAUUCACUAAAGGUGGUGUCAUCAGUUUUGACAUUUUCCCAGAGGGCUGGGACAAAAGACUGUGUCUGGAGCUGCUGGAGAGCGAAGGGUUGGACACCAUCUACUUCUUUGGCAACGAGACGUCAGUUGGAGGAAACGAUUAUGAAAUUUUCAACGACCCUCGGACGAUCGGUUUCACCGUUUACUCUCCAGAGGACACAGCCAGGCUCUGUCAGGAACUUUUCUUCAACAUUCCACCAAGUGAAUCCUGAUAUUCAGAAGGCAUUUGACUGGUGUCCCUAAAUCUGUGAAUCGUGUUUAUUUAAAGGGACAUAAAAUAAGGAAUAGUUGCAUGGCGAUGUGUACUACUGAGGUUGUAGUAUUGUGAUAUGUAUGAAAUGUGAAAUUAUUCAUAGUCUCAGUAAGACCAGGUUUAUUUUGAUUAAGAAGUGGUGUUAGAGAUAACUACAAUAUAUAUGGAAUCACUAUAUACUUGCUUUUGCACUAUUGUUGAUACAAUUUUUAUCAACAGUUGGUAUUAUUUUAACAUUGCUCGAAAAGAUGUGCCAAUGCUAAAAAUCCCAUUUUAAAAAUGAGAUUAAUGAAGUGUUAAAUGAGAUGUUGCCCGUGUAUAGACUUGAAAACAAGCAUAUCAUUCCAGGUAUUUGAGUCUGCAUACACUCUGAAGUGAAUGUAAUUUAUUGUUUUACAUAAUGAUUGUUGCAUCUGUUUUAGCCUCACAGCUGUUGUUAGCUGCUAGAUUGCAGAGACUUACACAAAAGUAACGUGAACAAUGCAUAAGGACUAAAAACGACCUCAUUACUGAUUCAAUGAAUUUAUACUAAAUGGUGAAUUAAGCUAUAAUGAUUGUCUUUCGAUAAACCUUUGUCACCAAAACUUUUUACUCUUUUCUUUUUCUACUUUUUUUAAAUCAGCAUAUUAAGGGG